AUGAAAUUCUCGAUCAUUGUAUAUUUUCUAUGGUUAAUAAUAUGUGUACAACCAGUUGAAAAUCAUUUUUUUAAUUGGAUUUGGAAUAAAGUUCAACAUACAUUUGAUCCCAAUAAAUCUCAACGUGUAUUCGAUUGUGGUACAUCAGAUAUACCUCCAAUUCUACCAGCUAAAAUGGAUACACCACGUGUAACUGGUGGUUUAUCAGCAGUUGAUCAUUCUUUUCCAUGGAUGGUUAAUGUUGUUAAUCUUAAAUCAUUAAAAUCAUGUGGUGGAGCAAUUAUUGGACCCGAUACAAUUGUUACCGCUGCACAUUGUAUCAUUGAUCAACCUGAAUAUAUCACAGUGAUUGCUGGUGCUGCAAAUCUAUUUGGUCGUCUCAAUCUAUUUAAUUAUUAUGCAGCAUCUCAAGUUAUUGUUCAUCCUAAUUAUAUAUCAUGUUGUGAUAAUGAUAUAGCAAUAAUAAAAUUAAAAAAAGUACUUGAACGUUCAGAAAUGAUUAAUUCUAUAUGUUUACCAGCUCAACAAAAUCAAGAAUUAAAACCUGAAACAACAGCUUUUAUUGUUGGAUGGGGUGGAAAAUAUCCAUCAGGUGAUUUAAAUACAUUUGGAUCAUUUCAUUUAAAACAAGGUUUAGUUUAUAUAAAAUCAAAUGAUUAUUGUAAACAAAUUUAUGGAACAUUCGAUGAAAGAGAUGAAAUAUGUGCAACAAAUACACAUGAUAAUGUUGAUUCAAGAGAAGGCGAUAGCGGUGGUCCAUUAAUGAUACUUAACAAAACAGAUAAUCGUUGGUACUUAUUUGGUGUUACAUCACAUGGUGCUAAUACACAAACAAUCCAACCUGGUGUUUAUUCAUCAAUUUCAGCUAAACUAGAUUUUAUUAAAAAAUAUCUCUAA